GCCUCCCAUUGCUGCUGCCAGGCCCGUAAUCUGCCAUGGGCCCCCGUACCCGCCUCCUCAUGCUGCUGCCAGGCCCGUAAUCUGCCAUGGGCCCCUGUACCGCCUCCCAUUGCUGCUGCCAGGUCCAGAGUGUGUCAUGGGUCCCUGUACGGCCUCCCAUUGCUGCUGUCUCCAUCGCCACACUCUGCCAUGUGCCACUUUCAGGUCUCCUCACACUGCUGGUGGGUUCCAUUUUUGUCAUAGGGUGCUGUAUGGCCUCCCAUUGCUGCUGCCUCCACCGCCACACUGUGGCUCCACACUCUGGUUUUGGCCCCGUGACUGCCCAAAUGAGUGAAGUGUGCGGUGAUUUUAAGAUCGACGGCACUCAUCUGCAUGUCAUACUGACUGACAGUAUUAUUUCUCUUCCCCAGCAGACUCCAAGGGCAUUUAAAUUAAAGGUACAGUGUUCUGCACUAAUAUGA